AUUCUUCAUACCCUAAAUACCCCCAGGAGUAUGCUCCAAAUUCGUCCUGGAGAAAGCCAUCUCAACCCUUCCGACCGCCUACAGCUCUAGGGUUUACUCCUAACCGGAGACAAUCUUUUCUCUCCAACCUUCCUCCAUUGUUCCGUCCUGAGGAGAUUAAAGCACGUGGAACCUGUAAAACCUGCGAUGCAAGAGGGACAGUGUGUACUGUUUACGGUGUAGGUACCUGGGCUGGGUGUACAGCUAUGCAGUUGGUAUCAGGGUUUACAGGACAGGUCGUCUGUAAUAUCGUGACAGCUCCUGGAUCUCUAACCUGUACCUGGAAUACAUUCAGCUGCUAUAUGCUAGGCUGUGGAUUUAUAAAUCUACCAAAGCUUCCCUUCAGGCAAUAAAACCGGUUUUGGGAAAAUCUGCAAAGUUGAUUUUUCAUGAUGGCACUCAAUCAGAUUUUAAGUUCUUGCAAGAUUCGGGUUUGAAAAAUCCUUUUGAUUUUUUUGCGGAUGCCUUUCUUUGAAAUAUGAAGAACUUGUACAAAUAUUCAUUAUAAAAUAUGAGCUCCAUUCUUAUAUUUCAGUGAACCCUGAAGAAAAAAAUACCUGAAACACUUUUAUAAAAUAAUAUAUAAAUUAAACAAAACUUUUUAAAAUGAA